AUGGCAGCGUCUGAGAAACGACAAUGGAUAGCGGAGAAAAGCAAGGGCAAGCGGCUAUUCGCCCCUGAGCUCGGCGGUUCAUACGAGGUGUUUAACAAGAGACCGCUACAACAGGAGAUGGCAUUGUACUGUACGCAAGAUAUGAAGUUGAUGCCAAAGCUGUGGCAACUUUACUCCAGCAGGCUUUCGCAGUCUUGGGCAAAGAGGGUGGAAAUUGCGAGGAAGGACAGAAUUGCUAUGUCCACGUACAACUGGUUAGAGAAGGAACUCCAGGUCAAGGAGCUGCACGAGAAAUUCAUCCAGGCCAUCAACAAGUUCGUCUACCGGACGAAUACGACUGCGCUAGUAGGACUGGAAGAGGAGGGCGCCGGCGAGCUGCUGCGUGGUAAGAGCGAGGAGGUCAAGAUCAACAUCAUGAGCCUGUUUCACCCGCUCCUUCCUCCCCCUCCAAAAGUCAUGGACGUCAUCAGACCCCGGACGCUCCUUCCUAGUCCACCUCUCUGCCCGCACCAACAGGCUAACCACCCUGAAAUUGGUGGACAGAAGUUCAAAGAGCGCAUCAUGCGACCGUUGGCCCAGAGCGAAAGCGUUAGAAAUGUCGAGCGCUACCGACGGGGCGAAUUCGGCGCAAGUGCUACCGUCUGCGUUGACCUUGUCGAUCCCGAGGAGAUCAUUGUUACAGACAAUGAAGAGCUCAGUCAGAAACGGGGCAACCAAUUGGACGACUUUUACUGCCAGCAAUCAAACCAACCCGACACGAGAGAAAAUGAACUCCCUCGAAAAACAGAAGAAGAUCCAGAGGGGGCCAAUACCGAACAGGCAAACUCACAGCUGUUGGUUCGAGAAGCGAAAAGUCGCACAGCUAUUGGUUCGAGAAGCAGAAAGUCGCGAAUAUAAGGACGAUGAAACUGGUUUACUCCGAUGGAGAAUUUCUAUGUGGCCAUAUGUGGUAGUUGCUAGGGGUCAUAAGUAUGAUAGGCAGGCGGUAUUGAUACCGGAGUCUGAUAUCCACGACCAUAACAGCCAAAUAUAUGAUGAGCCGGAAACUUGUGUAGACGAUUUCGACUACUGGGGAGAACGAUUAUACCUAUGCCAAAGUUUA